AUGCAAUCAGGGGGCAAGGAACCAUAUCCUGAACCAUUGUCGGAAAGUGAGAAACGUCACUUGAGCAAGUACGGAAAACGGCCGCGUGGAGGCUUACUGGGUGAAAAGUCCAAGGAACGGACGUACUUUGACUCCGGCGACUUUGCUUUUUCCGCCGCUCAUCGAGUGACCGAUCUCGACGCUAUUCAAACAGGCAGAGCGCAUCCCCACCGGGACAAUAUUUCGCACCCUUCUUCCACUAUCCCGGCUACCAGCAACGUUGACAAGAAAGCCAACGAGGAUAUGCAUAGGAGGGAACCAAGUCCCAAAAGAAGUCUUCUCCAUAGGCAAACGAAUGAAGACCCCACAGACGAGGAUAAUCUCUUCUCUUUCGAAGAUUGA